GCCCGGAUCGGACGACAAACCAGCAAUAGCUGCAACCAAGGAGGGCACACAGUUGAAGAAGCCGAUGUUUCAGCGCAUUUGGAGCGACAAGGAUGAGAUCAAGCUCCUCCAAGGUAUGGUCGAAUUCCUCGAGGAGAAGAAGCUAAGGCCCAUGGCCAACGUCGGCGCAUUCAAAGAUUUCCUCCAUAAGAAAUCAGUAAGGUUUGGCUUCCUUGCCAACGAAUCUCAAAUCUACAACAAAAUGAGGAAAAUGAAAGUCAAGUUCACGAACGGGUGCGAGACGGGGCGCAUUUGGAGGAAGCCCCACGAUCAGAAGGUGGCUGAGCUUUCCCACGUCCUCUGGGGUGGUGACGGGAAGACGAGUAAGACUCCGGAUGGUGCGGGCAAGGUUGCUGCUGAUCUACCAGAGUCGCCGGUGGAGUUCGAGGAUGGCGAUUGGGCCAGUGUAUCUUCUCAGUUGCAGCUGAGCAGCACGGGGCUUGAGCAGAAAGUUUUGAGGAUUGGUAUGGGGAUGAUCGGCUCGUCAGAGAUAGAGGAACUAAAAGAGAAGUGGCGGCAAUUGCGUAUGUCCGAACUGCAGGUCGACAAUGAUAGAGCGAUGCUCGUGAAUCACCAGGCGACGCUGAUUAUGGAUGGCUAUCGUCGAGCGGACAGGAGGUGUAGAAAGUGA